UGCAUACAUCCAGCGUGAAUCUUGGGCUGUCAACUUGAAGAAUGACAAGCUCCACCCCUAAUCAAUGCUAAUAGAAUACUAAAUAACCCCCCGGUUCCACCUGAAACGACUCUGACCCAUAAACUAAAACACCCACUGCAGAGAACUCGGGAGAAUUCCCAAGGUUACUAACUUGUCAACCAGCCGUCAAACUCCACUGCUCCACCGAAUUAUUCUUUUCAUGGCCCCUCCGUGCGUCCUACUAAUUAGAAAACUUUUUUUUUUUUCUCCCUCUUGCAAUCUCGUCAGGUCUUGGGCUAUCGAGCGGGAUUGCCGGACUUCGACCGUUUUUCCACUCUAGUCGCCGGGGAAUGAGAGAAAAUUCCGCGAUCGGCAUGCUAUACUCAACUAAUAUAAUUAUGUCGCUUGUCACUCCACCACCCUGGCUUUUCCCCUCUCUUGUGCUGCUCCUUAAAUUCCCUCCUCCACGACCAUUGCGGGGAGCUGCAUUCGGCUGAAAAUCACCAACUGCAACUAAACCUGCAACAAUUGUGCAUUGAAUGUACCUGUGAUAUUGAUCACCAUGGAGACUGUUGACGUGACAGUCAUCGGAGCUGGAUGGAGUGGUCUCGCUGCCCUCAAGACCUACCACCAGGUCGACCCCUCCGCCUCGAUUGUGCUAUUCGAGAGCGCGGCCUCGGUCGGCGGCGUCUGGGCCAAGCAUCGCUUGUAUGCUGGCCUCAAAUCUAACAACAUGCUGGGCACCUACGAGUUCAGCGAUUUCCCCAUGGACGCUUCGUUCGGCGUCCAGCCCGGCCAACAUAUCCCGGGCUCCGUGAUCCAAACGUACAUGGAGCGCUUCGUCGAGCACUUCCAGCUCACCCCGUUCAUCCGUCUGAACACACGGGUGCGCAUUGCGGAGCAGAAUUCCGACGGAACCUGGACCCUGACCAUUGACGACACCGACGGCGAGAAAACCGUCGUGAGCAAAAAGCUCAUCGUCUGCACCGGCAUCACCUCCCAGCCCUACCUGCCCACCAUCACCGGCCAAGACACCUUUGACGCGCCUCUCUUCCACUGUCGCGACCUGCCCCAGCACCAAGACGCCGUCCUGCAACCCAACAAGCGCAUCACCGUCUUCGGCGGCACCAAAUCCGCCUGGGACGCAGUCUAUGCCGCCGCAACCGCCGGCGCCCACGUCGACUGGAUCAUCCGCGACAACGGCCACGGCCCCGUCUGGAUGGCUCCCGCCUACGUAACCCCAUUAAAGAAAUGGCUCGAGAAGCUCGUCACCACACGACUCCUCACCUGGUUCAGCCCCUGCAUCUGGGGCGACGCCGACGGCUGCAGUCCCAUCCGCAACUUCCUGCACGGCACCUGGCUAGGCCGCAAAAUCGUCGACACCUUCUGGUCCAUCCUCGCCAACGACGUAAUAACCCUGAACAAAUUCGACGCCCACCCGGAAACCAAAAAGCUCAAACCCUGGAUCAGUCCGUUCUGGAUCGCCUCAGGACUCAGCAUCCUGAACUACCCAACCAACUUCUUCGACCUAGUCACCGAAGGCAAAGUGCAAAUCCACAUCGACCACAUCACCCACCUCACCCCCAAGACCGUCCACCUGGCCUCCAGCUCCACCCCCAUCCCCUCCGAUACCCUCAUCUGCGCCACCGGCUGGCAAGCAACUCCCCCCAUCGACUUCCGGCCCUCCCACCUUCCCCAAACCCUCGGCUUCCCCUGGGCCGAAGACCCCAUCCCCCAAUCCGUCAUCCAACAAGCCGACGCAGAGAUCCUCUCCCGCUUCCCCCGACUAGCCACCCCACCCCCCAAACCAGCUAACUAUGCCCCCCUCGCCCCAGACGCCCCAGCAGCGGCAAAACACCCCUUCCGUCUCUCCCGCUUCAUGAUCCCCCCUUCUCUCGCCAAUACCAACUCCAGAUCAAUCGCUUUCAUGGGCCUCGCAAUGACCAUCAAUACCACCAUGCUAGCUCAGGCCCAAGCCCUCUGGAUCGCGGCCUACUUCACCAACAACCUCACCCUCGUUCCUCGGGAACAAUGCCCCCCUCAUCUCCGGAAGGUUCUGGAACAGGAUAAUGCCUCUGUCGAUGCAGACCUAGUAUGGGAAACGGCCCUGCAUUCGCAGUUCGGGAUUCAUCGUUACCGAGGUGGAUUCGGGAAACGGAACCCGGAUUUUGUGUUUGAUGCGGUGCCGUAUGUGGAUUUGUUGUUGAGGGACUUGGGGCUCGAUUAUACGAGGAAGGGGGGUUUGAAGUGGUUGGAGCCUUAUGGAGUGGAGGAUUAUCGGGGGUUGGUGGAGGAGUGGAUUGGCUCUAGGGAUGCUGUUAGUAAUAGUGGUGAUAAUGAUUUGGGGAAGAAGGAUAAUUGAAUGAAUGAA